UUACCACAUUUAUUAUCACCAAUCAAUUCCAAGACAAAAACCAGUAUACGCUGUUUUAAAAUUUUUAGGGAAUUUUAAAUUUUUGUGUAACUGUAUUUUCGUACGAUUUAUUAAUAUAUACUACAUACUACAAUUUAUUAAUCUGAGAUUGAAAAACUCAAACGAUGUCCAGCGACUAUACAAAACGACGUUCUAGUUUCAUCAAAUUAGAACCUGCUGAAAUGCAAUUGGCGUUGUUUCAGAACAUGAAAUGGGUAAACGCCGAAAAAGAAAACAUCAUUUCUAACUCUGUAUUAUUUGGUGAUCGAGGCAAAAAAAUAUUGCUUGAAGCUACUGAACAAUUCAAGAAUUCUAAACGAGAAAUUCCAAAACUGAUAUCUGAUAAACAAGAAGAAUACAUUCUUUUAAAAGAGAAAUUGCGUAAAAUCAAAAUACAAAUUGAUUGGCAAACUGCUUGUGAAGGAUUAACAGAAUUUGAGAAGAAUUUUGCUAAUAAUAGUCCUGAUUUUAAAUGUUUAGUUGAAAAUGUUCAUUUACUUACCUUACAUACAGCUUUAGUUAAGAGAGCCAACUAUGAAUUAAAUGCAAUUUUCCAUGCAUGUAAUAGACAGAUCAAGGAAAAAGUAAAAGAAUUACAAGAACUCCUUUUCAAUAAAAUUAUUGAAGAUAGUGGUGUUGGUAUUUCAAUUAGUAAUUUAAAUUCUAUAGUUUCAUCUAAUUCAACUACAGAAUCAUCUGAAGAAGAAAUUCUGGAAUUCUAAUUGAAGUAUAUACAAAUAAAAAAUUGUUUCAUUUUUUAAUUAUUAUAUAAUAAUGUUCUAUAUUAUUAUAUGUAAGUAU